AUGAUUAAACAACAGCAACCACAACAACUUAAGGCACAAAACGCCCAGGUCCUUCAAACCAUUACAUACGCCACAUAUGCAUAUAAUUCAAAGACGGCAGAACAAACACAAAGGUUGAAAUAUGGAGAUUUGGAGAUAGUAUUGAAAAAUGAGCGUUUCGAAUUCGUUUGCAAAGGUGGUGCAGUGAUAUCAAAUAUAAAAGAAAUUUUAUUUAUGAAUUCAAAAAUUAAAGGUAUAACGGAUGAUAUAACAUCAAUUCCACCAGAAGAACAAAGAUAUUACGCAUUAAAUGCAUUUCCUAAAGUUUUGAAGAUUGGAAAAUUUAAUUUAAAUGAGGAAUUCAUAAAAGGUUUCCUAAAUGACAUAAUGAAGAAAGCGGAUAAGGAAUAUGUGGCUAGUGAAUUAAAUAAGAAGGCAAAUUUGGUUUAUGUUGAUGAAAAAGAUAAUGAAAUUAAAGAAAGGGUUGAAUGGUAUCAUGAAUGGACAUCGAAGAUUUUUAAAACUAAAGCUGAUACGGGAUGGGUUUCAGGAUGUUUAGACCUUAAAGCGGAUAAAACUUAUGUUAAUGAUGAGUUAGAGAAGAAAGCGGAUAAGGAAUAUGUGGCUAGUGAAUUAAAUAAGAAGGCAAAUUUGGUUUAUGUUGAUGAAAAAGAUAAUGAAAUUAAAGAAAGGGUUGAAUGGUAUCAUGAAUGGACAUCGAAGAUUUUUAAAACUAAAGCUGAUACGGGAUGGGUUUCAGGAUGUUUAGACCUUAAAGCGGAUAAAACUUAUGUUAAUGAUGAGUUAGAGAAGAAAGCGGAUAAGGAAUAUGUUAACGAAAUAUACCAAAGUUUGAUAGGAACAACAAAAAAUAUUGAAACUAUUGUUGGUGACUUUACUGUCAAUGAAGAAAAUAAAUAUUUUAGAUGGCAGUUUGUACAGUCCUUAAAAAAUGGUAUACGAUGUAAACUCAUUCCGAAAAAUAACAAUGAAAUGUAUGUAAGUUAUAAAAAGAAUAAUGGCACACAAGUUAAAGUUCCAUUAUACAACAACUGUUACUUAAACUUAUAUGAAGACGAACAAAAGAAAUAUUUAAGAGUUUAUGAAAUGACAGAUAUGACAUUGUCUAACCUAGCUCCAGCACCAUAUUAUUAUGACUAUGGAGAUGACGUCAGAACACCACAUGUAGAUGAACAAAAGCUAACAUUAUAUUUAGAUUAUUAUAGAUAUAAAAGAUAUAAUGCAAUAGAAAAAACGAGAAUAGUAUAUUAUUAUACAGAUGACAAAAAUAAAUAUUAUAGUCAAGAUUUUACCUACCCUGAUAACAUAAGAUUAUAUUAUAAAAAAUAUUCUAACACAAACCAGAAGAAACCUGAAAUAGUUGCAUUAUAUCUUAAGUUCAAAAGAGACAAUCCCAUAAUAUCUCAUAUGUUUGAUUUAAUGAACCCAGUAGGUUCUAUUUAUACAUCUAUGGAUGCAAGAGGUCCUCAAGCAAUGUUUGGUGUUGGUGCAUGGGAACAAAUAGUCGACAGGUUUUUGUAUUGUGCAAACUCUUCAAAGGAAACAGGUGGAAGUAAAACGAUUACAGGUGAAAAUUUACCUGCACACAGUCACUACAUAGAUUUAAGCACAUCUCAAGCGGGUUGGCAUAAGCAUAGAUAUUGGGAUUGGUCAGGAAUGACAAAAGGUAAAGGAUAUGAUGUUAAAGAUGACGUUAAGUUUGCUAUAAAUUGUUACUGGAGUGACACUCAGGGAGAAGGAAACCAUACACAUUUCGUUUCAGGAUAUACACAAACAACAGGACAAAGUAAAGAAUACAUGCCACCUUACAUGACAGUUUACGCAUGGUAUAGAGUUCAAUGA